CAGCACAGCUCCGCAACUCUACCCCUUCCACAGGCACCGCCGCCAGCCGAACCUCUGCAGAAUGGGCCGGAUCAUUUUCUACGAGGACAAGAACUUCCAGGGCCGUCGGUAUGAGUGCGUCAGCGACUGUUCGGACUUCCAUGCCGUCCUGAACCGGUGUACCUCCAUCCGUGUGGAGAGCGGGACCUGGGUGAUCUACGAAAGGCCCAACUUCAUGGGCUACCAGUAUGUUCUGACAAGGGGCGAGUAUCCGGAUUACCAACGCCGGAUGGGUCUGAACGACCACCUCUGCUCCUGCAAGAUGAUCCACUUUGUAAGUGGUUCUGAGUACAAGAUCCAACUCUACGACAAGGGAGAUUUCACGGGCCAGGUGUACGAGACCACUGAGGAUUGUCCAUCCGUGGUGGAGCGCUUUCGGACACGCGAGGUCCUCUCCUGUAAGGUGCUUGACGGGAUAUGGAUCUUCUACGAACACCCAAACUACAGGGGGCGCCAGUACCUACUGGAGAAGGGGGAGUACCAUAAGCCUGUGGACUGGGGCACCGUCUGCCCCACGGUUCAGUCCUUCAAACGCCUGAUGGAGUGACGUUUGGCCUGUAAAUCCAUCCAUCUGCAGUCCUCCUUUACCUCCAAACCGCCCCAACCACAACAGCACCGAAACACCUGUACCGAAUCAAUAAACGUGUGGUUGCAAAAGAAA